AUGGCGCAAGAUGCUGGCAAGGGGGCAGAGCUGCCCUCUCUGCACGCGCUCAAGCUGUCGUCCGCGCCGCCGCGGCCGGCGUCGCCCUUGUGGGCCUCGUCAUCAGCACCGCCUCCUCCUCCCCACCCCGACCUCGACCCGGCACCACGAGCGACCAGCGACGACCACCCUCAGCGACUACCCGAACCUUCUACAUCCAAGCCGACCGCCAGUCGGCCAUCCUCCCCUCCCCAGCAUCCACCACCACCAGCCGACGCCGACUCGAUCUCGUACCGCGCGUACCAGGGCGAGGAGGACCUCGAGGCCAUCACCAAGCUCGUCGACGAGGAGCUCAGCGAGCCUUACAACCUGUACACCUACCGCUACUUCCUCGACGAGUGGCCACACCUCUGCUUCUUUGCCUGCUCAAAGGGAGAGCCUAUUGGCGUCGUCAUCUGCAAGCAGGAGCCGCAUGCCAAGUCGUCGAGGUCGCUGCCUGUCGAGUCGGGCGUCGCAGGCGACGAGGAGCGAGGGCACGAGCAGGCUCGACGACCGCUCAUGAGGGGUUACCUCGCCAUGCUCAGCACGACCAAGGCCUUCCGAGGUCGAGGCGUCGCGACCCACCUUCUCCGCCUCUCCCUCUCGGUCAUGCUCCGCCCACCUCCGUCCCUCGUCAACUCGCUCCCGCCAGAUCAUCCGUCCCGCCAACCCGUCGACGAGGUCGUCCUCGAGACCGAGGCCGACAACGCCGCCGCCCUCGCCUUCUACUCCAAGAUGGGCUUUGUUCGCGAGAAGCGGCUGCACCGGUUUUACCUCAACGGCAAGGACGCGUACCGCCUCAGGCUGGACCUGAGCGUGUGCAGGGAGGAUCGUGGCGGCGAGGCUGCGUCGUAG